AUGUUCAACCUCAUUAAUCAUCAGAGAAGUCAUCAGGAGACCUCCAGAAAAUCGGGUUGCCGGGGAGGGACAGACCUUGUGGUUUCACCUGGCCUCAAGCUCCCAAGAGCAGGAGGUUGCAGGGGACAGUGUCAUCUGAGGGAGCUUCGGGAAGAGCUUGGGAGCGAUCAAAUGGAGAAGCUUAAGAAGGAAGAGCCUGAAGAUCCCUCAGAAGUGUUCACAGUGUUGUCCCCCAGCCCUGGGAGCAAACGGGCAGCCGCAAGUCGGAGGGCGAAUGGGUGGGAGCAUGCUGCCCUCCAGCCCCACCAAGAGCCCUGGCUGCUCAACGGCCGACGCGGGGACGCGGUGGAAGGUGUGGCGAGGGCUACCAGCCCGUGUGGGCCAAUCCAGAGGAGAAGGCGGACACGUUCCGCUCCGGAGCUCCUAAACCCCGCCAGACGCGCGCCCGCGCCAGACGCGCGCCCGCGCCAGACGCGCGCCCGCGCCAGACGCGCGCCCGCGCCAGACGCGCGCCCGCGCCAGACGCGCGCCCGCGCCAGACGCGCGCCCGCGCCAGACGCGCGCCCGCGCCAGAGAAUGAUGCUCAGCGUCUGCGGCCUGCUUUGCGCCGGGGCCCUGGGUGAGUGCGGCGCUGGGAGCCAAGUUGGGGGCCGGCCCUUCAGGGUGCUCCGGGGAGGGGUCCAGGGGCCAGUAGUGGGUCCGCCACAGCGGGAAACUGCGGUAACCAGCCGGCCUGGCUGUCCAAGGGAUCCCGACGCAGCCGAGCGCCCCUCUGACCCCAGAGUGCCUUCCUUAGGUGCACUGACGCUUUGGUCCUCAGAGAAACCCGGCCUGUGUCUGGCUGUCCCUGAAAGAACUGUGAGAUGGUGCACGGUGUCAGAUCAUGAGGCUAGAAAGUGCUCCAGUUUCCAUGACAAUAUGGUAAAAGUCCUUCCAGCGGAUGCUCUUGUGACCUGUGUGAAGAGAACCUCCUAUCCUUAGUGCAUCAAGGCCACACGGUAAACAAACCAAGCCGAUGCUGUGACUCUUGAUGCAGGAUGGGUGUUUGAGGCAGGCCUGGCCCCCUACAACCUGAAACCCGUCGUGGCAGAGUUUUAUGGGUGAAAAGAGAAUCCACAAACCCACUAUUAUGCUGUGGCUGUGGCGUUGAAGGGCAGCAGCUUCCAGUUGAUGCAGCUCUGAGACAAGAAGUCCUGUCACACAGGUCUGGGAAGGUCUGCUGGAUGGAAUCCCAUCAGCUUACUUCUCAGUGACUUGCCAGAGCCACGUGUGCCAAUUGAGAGUGCAGUGUCCAAGUUCUUCUCGAGCAGCUGUGUCCCCUGUGUGGAUCCGGAAAGGUUCCCCAACCUGUGUCAACUGUGUGCAGGGACAGGGACAGCCAAGUGUGCCUGCAACUCCCAGGAACUGUACUUCGGCUACUCGGUGCCUUCAAGUGAGUGCCUGAAGGACGGUGUUGGGGAUGUGUGUUUUGUGAGGCAUAUGACUGUGUUUGAGAACCUGCCAGACAAGGCCGACAGGGAUGAUUAUGAGCUGCUCUGCCCGGACAACACCCGGAAGCUAGUGGAUGCAUACAAGGGAUGCCACCUGGCCCGGAUCCCUUCUCACGCCGUUGUGGCCCGAAGUGUGGAUGGCAAGGAGGACUUGAUCUGGGAACUUCUCAACAAGGCACAGGAAUAUUUUGGAAAAGACAAGUCAGCAGAAUUCCAGCUCUUUGGCUCUCCUUAUGGGAAGGACCUGCUGUUCACAGGUGCUGCCCACGGUUUUCUAAAGGUCCCCCCUAAAAGUGCCUGGCUGUACCUGGGAUAUGAGCACAUCACUGUCAUUCAGCAUCUAAGUGGAGGGAUUGCUCCACCCAGCCCAGGCGUCAGCUCCAAGAGUGUGCAGUGGUGCACGGUGGGCCACCACGAGAGGGCCAAGUGUGACAACUGGAGUUCUGUGAGUGGUGGCGCCUUAGAGUGCACCACAAAGGAGACCACUGAGGACUGCAUCGCCGCCAUCCUGGAAGGAGAAGCUGAUGCCAUGAGCUUGGAUGGAGGAUUCAUCUACACAGUGGGCAAGUGUGGUUUGGUGCCUGUCCUGGCGGAGAACUAUAGUAAGUGGAGGGGAGCGCCUGUCUGGGCUUGGUCUAAGUGUGUGAAUAUACCUGCAGAAGGUGACUAUUGAAAAUUGCAUCUUGGAAUCUCUGUUGCAAGGUUAUUAAGAAAUGAUGCCGACCUCACCUGGAGCUCUCUGAGAGGCAAGAAGUCUUGCCACCCUGCAGUUGGCACGUCUGCAGGUUGGAACAUCCCCCUGAGUUUGAUUUACAACCAGACCAGGUCCUGUAAAUUUGAUGAAUUCUUCAGUCAAAGCUGUGCCCCUGGGUCAGACCUGAAGUCCAGUCUCUGUGCUCUGUGCAGCAGCAGUCUACCAAGUCCAUCCCACACGUGUGCCCACAACAGCCUCGAGAGAUACUAUGGCUCUACAGGGGCUUUCAGGUGUCUGGUUGAGAAGGGAAAUGUGACCUUUGUGAAGCACCCUACGGGCCUGCAGAACACUGACGGAAAGAACCCUGCCCCAUGGGCUAAGGAUUUGAAGCAGGAAGACUUUGAGUUGCUGUGCCUUGGUGGCACCCAGAAGCCUGUGACCGAGGUUCAGAGCUGCCACCCGGCCAUAGCCCCAAGUCAUGCAGUGGUCUCAAGAAAAGAGAAGGCAGAAUUUGUUUGCAGAGUACUCUUCAACCAACAGGAGCUCUUUGGAAGAAAUGAGUUUGAAUAUGCGAUAUUUCAGCUGUUCACAUCCUCAAGCAACAACCUGCUGUUCAGUGAUGACACGGAAAGUUUGGCCAACCUUCAGAACAAAACAACUUAUGAAAAAUACUUACGGCGCGAGUACCUUAUGGCUAUUGGUAACCUGAGACAAUGCUUAACCUCUGAACUUCUGGAGGCCUGCACAUUCCAUGGAAAUUAG